AUGACCUGCAGCUUUUCUUACACUGCGAUAGGGCAGACGGUCUCUCCCUCUUUGACCUCACCUCUGGUGCCUCUCCUGCCCCUUGCCGAUGCUGACGCCACUGUUCGCUCACAGUGGGCCACACGCGAUGAUGCUGCAUGUCUUGCUGUGCGUCGCCACUUGCCUACCUCUGAGCGUGCGCACUUUAGCCAGUACAAGAGUGCUCAGACCUUGUACGAUGUUGUAGUUGCACGCUACUCCUCCCCUGCCACUGCUGCACUGAGCCGCCUCAUGCUACCGUACCUCUUCCCUGACCUUGCUGCCUUCCCGACAGUCGCUGACCUCAUUACGCACCUCCGCACUAGUGACACUCGCUACUGCGCUGCGCUUCCUGCUGAGUUCUGCGCCAAGAACCCCCCCCCCCCCCCCCCCCCCAUGUACAUCACCCUAUACUACAUAGUCACCCGGCUCCCUGACUCCCUUCGCAUAGUCAGGGACCACUUCCUCUCAAUUCGCCCCACCACACUCACCGUUGACCUCCUCAAGAAGGCCCUCCUAGCAGCAGAGAAGAGCAUAGUCGCUGUAGGAGCCUCUCGUGGUGACCCUCGCACCCCCAUCUUUGAGGGGUGUUCCCCCUCCCUCCUUUUGCCCUCUGUUGCCUCUGCUGCUGCGGCCGACCUCGUUGGCUUCGAGUCGGUUGGCGCUGCGUCUGCCCCUAGUGGGAGACGUCGCCCCGGCAAGGGCAAAGGGGGCAAGGGCGCUGGAGGGGCUGGCGGGGGCAGUGAAGGUGGCGGUGGAGGCAAUGGAGGGGGUGGGGAUGGUGGUGGGAGUGGUGGCCGGGGUGGAGGUGUAGGUGGCGGCAGUGGAGGCGGAGGCGGAGGCGGCGGUGGCGGAGGCGGCGGUGGCGGUGGCGGUGGGAGUGGAGGUGGCGGCGGUGGAGGAGGAGGCGGCGGAGGAGGUGGAGCUGGUCGGGGUGGCGCUACGGAGAGGGUCGGCUCCGGUGGUGGUCAGCGCCAGCAGCAGCAGCAGCAGCGAACCUCUGACAUCCCCCCCCCUCAGCAGCUCCGUGAGUGGUACGCUGCACGCCAGCGGGGUAGGGGUACUGGUCCGUGCACCUACGUCCUACGCACCAGCGACCUGGCGGGUGAGCAGUGCGGGGGUGCGCACCCCACCCAGCGCUGCUUUGGCCGCCUGACUGACGCUAGGCGCCACCAGUUCCCUGAGGCCACUAAGAUCCCUCGCUGGGGCGAGCUGUCUAGGGCGGGUGUAGCUAUCUUUGACCUUGACUUUGAUGCUAUUCUUGCUGCCAUGUAUGCUAUGACUAUUAGUGAGGAGGGUGACUGUUACCGCUGUUUUCCGCCCGACCCGGGCAUUAAGACUGCUGCUCUAGGUACUGGUGAGGCUGCUGCUUUAGGUGCUAGUGAAGGUGUUGCUCUAGGUGCCAGUGCUUACAGUCUCUCUGGCAGACCCCCUGGGGGUCCUGUCCUUGCUCACUUCUCCACUGUCCUCCCGUGUCCGGCGGCCCCCUCUGGCACCCUGUCUGGUCUUUACCUCCCCUCGUUCUCUACGAACUUGGUGAGUGGUGCUGACCUACAGGAUGCGAGGGUUCACCAGUUCACUCCUGCGAGUCAGCGGGUGACCCACUGCACGGACGCUUGGACAGGCCGACACCUGGCCACGUUUACACGUCGGCCGGGGUCGAGCCUGUACACACUGACCACUGCGUCUCCUCCUGUCACUGCAUCUGGUCAGGUAGCUGCGUCGGGUCAGGUGUUUGCUGCAGCGUCCAGGUCUGCCCCCUGCUCGUGUCGCCUCCUGUCUCACGAGACUCUCUUCUGGCACCACCGCCUUGUUCACCCCUCCCUGCUUCGUCUCCGAAGCAUGGCCUCCCGUGUCCUUGUCUCUGGUCUUCCCCGGUCCCUCCCUCCCCUUCCUCCGAGGCCUGGCCCUGCCUGCAUCCCCUGUGUCGAGGGGCAGAAGCGGGCUGCCCCUCACUCCUCCCAGUUUCCUCUGACAGAGGCCCCGCUGCAGACGCUUCAUAUGGACGUGUGUGGCCCGGCCCGCGUCCGUGGACAGGGUCACGAGCGCUACUUCCUGCUGGUGGUUGACGACUACUCGCGUUACACCACAGUCUUCCCCUUGCGCAGCAAGGGUGAUGUCACUGAGGUGUUGAUCGACUGGAUCCGCGCAGCUCGUCUCCAGCUCAGGCAGAGCUUCGGCUCGAACUUUCCUGUUUUGCGUCUGCACUCUGACAGAGGCGGAGAGUUCUCUUCUGGCCUUCUUCGAGCCUACUGUCGUGCACGAGGCAUCUGCUAG